CUUGGAUCAUCAUGAUACAAUUCAUCCUGAUCGGUCUGGCUGCUCUUACUUGCGGAGCUGCCGGUCAGAGUCAAUAUAGACCUAGUGGUGGUAGCUCUGGUGGAGGAUUUGGAGGUAGCUCCGGAGGAUCUGGAGGAAGUAUCGGAGGGGUUGGAAGUAGCAGUGGAGGAUUUGGAAGUAGCAGUGGAGGAUUUGGAGGUAGCACUGGAGGAUUUGUAGGUGGUUCAGGUGGAUUUGGAGGAAUUUCUGGUGGAUUAGGUGGUGAUAAUAGUGGCAUUGCUGGAAGUGCUAGCAAUACAUUUGGCAGUGGAAGCAACAGUUUUUCUGCCUCUUUUGGAUCUCAGGAAGGACUUGGUGGAUUUGGAGAUUCCUUUGAUACCAGUAAUGGUGGAUCAGGGUUUGAUGACGGUAGAUCUGGAUCCCUUGAGGAUGCAAUUCCUGGUGUUCCUGGAGAUGAUUACCCAAUCUUCUCUGAAGUCCCUGAGACCUCCUUCUUGUGUGAUGGUCAGGUGGAUGGUGGAUACUAUGCUGAUCCUGAAUCAGAAUGCCAGGCUUUCCAUAUCUGCGCCGACAAUGGUCAGGGUGGACUAACUAAGUACAGUUUCCUCUGCCCUAAUGGAACCCUCUUCCAACAGCAGUAUUUUGUCUGUGACUGGUGGUUCAAUGUUGACUGUUCUCUAGCAGAGAGCUUGUAUGGUAGAAAUCUAGAAGUGGCUGAAGCCCGAAAAGCUGCUAGCUUAGGGGUUGGAUUUGCCUUGAAUCAAGAGGCUCCAGGAUCUCAAUUCAAUGAAGUUGCUCUUAGUGCUCAAGGAAAUCAGAGAGCUGGGGGCAAUAACAGGAAUCAGGCACAGCAAGGAAACCAAAACAGAGGAAAUCAAAACAGGAAUCAGGGAAGCCAGAGCAUAGUUCAGACACAGAAUGGUAGACAGACUCAAGAAGGAAAACAGAAAGGAAACAAUGCAUCAUCAUUGAGGAAUAAAUCUGGUUCAUCUAAAGGACCUUCAGGCUCAAGACAAACCCAAGUAGCAUCUGCAUCUGGUUCACAGCAAUCAUUUUCUUCUGCAUCAGCUGGAAACAGAGGAAAUCAAGCAGCAUCCAGAGGAUCCCAAGGAAGCUCUAGACGGAAUCAAGCAAUAGGGGGUUAUGUGAGCAACCAAGGGGAGAAUGGAGGCAAUCAAGGAAGUUUUGGAGGAAAUCAAGGAGGUUUAGGAGGCAGUCAAAUAAGUGUGUUAGGGAUUCAAGGAGGGUUUGGGAGCAGUCAAGGAGUUUAUGGAGGAAAUCAAGGUGGUUUUGGAGGCAUCCAAAACGGGGUUUCAAUUGGUAACCAAGGCACAUUUGGGGGAAAUCAAUUUGAUAUUGGGGUGGAGCAAGCUGUAGCUGGGUAUGGUGCUCCUGUAGGAGCUAAUGUCAAUUCUGGAACUAGCUUCAACAGUUUUAAUGCUGAGUUUGAAAGUCUUGGCACCUACGCCAGGAAUACACGUGAUCUAGAAAUAGAACCUGAAACUGUCAAAGAUGAAACCCCCAGAGAUGAAAUAGAAUCAUUUGAAGAGGAACAAGUUGAAUAAUUUCUAUUUUCAAUUUGUACCAACAUUCAUUUUCUAUUCAAAUCUAGCUCGAAGAUCAAAGAAACUGCUCAGUGCUCAUCGCUAAACUUGUUAAUUAUAUUUAUAACUUUAAUUUGUCCAUGUUUGUUAUAUAAUUUUAAAAUGGUAUUUGUUAUAUGUUGCUGACAAAUAAAUGUUUGCAAUUUA